GGGCAGAGAACUAUUUGGACUGAGGGGAAUCUUUGGUGCCUCACACUCUUUACUAUACUAUGUACAGGAGCAGCUUUUUGCGUGAAAUUCGCAAGGAGAAGUAUGAAAGGUCAGACACUUAUGAGGAGCUGCCAGAAUCAUCAGAAUUUGGCAGCCUGGCCCAGGCUCAAGGCCUGGAAAACCUGCAGGAGCUCAAUGAGCGCUUUUCCAAUUAUAUCAAUCGGGCUCGGGUACUCGAGCAACGCAAUGCCAUCUUCCGCAAGCAGCUUGAGACGUUCCAGCGCAUGGAGGAGUUGACCGGGAUAGAAGAGGCAUUCACUGCCCAAAUUGAUCUCAAUCGCCAGCGUGUUCGUGAACUAGGCACUGAAAGGUCCAAACUGUCACGGGAGGAGAAAGAUGCCCAGCGCAUGCUGGAUGAAUUCCGUAACAAAUAUAGAAAUGAAUGUGAAUAUCAGCAGAUGCUGAAAACUACUCUUGAGCAGCUUAAUAAGGAAGCUGAUGAAGCUCUGUUGCGUAAUUUGGAGCUACAGAUUGAACUGCAGUUCUUGCAAGAUGAUGUCAAUUCUACAAAGGACAGAUACAAGAAGGACCUUAUGGAAAUUCAAACAUAUGUCAACAUUUUACAACAGAUUGUUCAAACAAUCCCCCGAGUGUCCAGCCUGACAGCUGAUGUCAAUGAGGAGAGGCUGAUAACCGAGAGGAAAAUACCAAUUCUUCAGGGCCAGUUAGAAGAAUACAAGAGUGUCCUUUGCCAGCUCCAGGCUCAAAAAAUAAAACUGCAGACAGAGACAACGAUGCUGGAGCAGGCGAUCAAGAGCACCCAGGAGAGCUACGAGGAUGAGAUCCAGUUGUACAACGAGCAGAUUGACACACUGAGGAAGGGCAUAGAAGAGGCAGAGAGGACCCUGGAAAAAUACACCAAUGACUGCCGUCAGCUCUCCAUUUAUAAGCAGUCUCUGGAGAAUGAACUAGAGCGCUACAAACGUAUUAUUGAAAAUGAAGAUAGUAGGUUGAAUUCUGCCAUUGUUGGAACCCCUGUAACACUCUUCACACCGACAUACAGACCACCACAGGCUCCAGCCUUGAGAGGGAGAGACAUUACACUGGUUAUACAAGAUAUUGCUAGUGCAAAGCCAAGGCAAAGAAGUCUGCCCAAAAAGACAUCAAGGCGAAAAGAGAUAACACCUAAAGACCUUACCAAUGGUGCACAAUCAGAAAAGAUAUAUGGCCAACCCCUAGAAGGCUUAGAUCAUGAUGAGCAGGAUUUCAAAUAUGAGGGAUUAGUAGUAUCAAGUGAACAUGGGCAUGAUGAUGAUGUUGAAGAAAAAACACAGCAAGAAAGAUUUCUAGGGGAUGUACCCGAUGGGGCACAGAUAAGCAGCACUUUUGAUAAAUUGUGCAAUAUAGUCAGAGACAGAAUCAGAUGCUAUCAGAGACCAGAAGCCCAAACUGAUUUCUAUACUAAAGGGCGUUAUGUCCUUGUCACAGGAGGGGGAAGUUAUGAGGAGACCAGCUUCAUUUCUUCAUCCAUUCCUUCUUUAGGUGAGAUCACUGUUUCUGACAGUGAAGGAAAGAUGCUAAGUGAAAAGGAUGUACAUCCCAUACCAGAGUUGCCUGAGCCAUUUGAGCAUGACAAAGGUGAACCUGAAGCCUAUGAAACACCAGAGGGGCCCAAAAGUCAGGAAGAUAUAAUUGGUACAUUCCCAACUGUAGGAAUACAGGAACACAGAUCGGAACGUAAAGAAAAGGAAGAUGUAACUGAACAGCUGGGAAAGUCUGAAGAAAAAGGUGAAGAGGCAGGAGUUUAUGUCAGCAAAGAAUAUGAUAGAGAAAUCAGUUUUUCAUUCAAGGACCUGAGCCCACCAAAUAUCAUGAGUUAUGAAAAGGUGGAAGUCAUGGAAUCCAUUGAGAAAUUCUCAGAUGACAAAGUACAGAGCUAUGAAGAAACAGCUAUGGUUAUGGAAACCAUGAUUGAGAAGACCAGCAAGAAGAGGAUGGGAGACAAGAGCUCUUAACAUGCAUCUUAAGACAGACAAUUUCUCCAGUUCAGAGUUAUUACAGCUAUGACCCCAACUUACCCCAUAUACCCAUGAAUAU